GUAUGUAUGUGUGUGUGUGUGCUGCCUUCAGCUCAGGCAGCGAAUCUGAACCUUACGGCGGGCCAGGUGGAGGAGCUGAGGAGGGAGAGAGAGGAGAGGAGGGUGUCUUUCUCUGCCUCAGUGGUGACAUCUGGUGCUGGAAAUACAGGACCCUAUUCAGCUGCAACUACUCUGAUCUACAGAAAUGUCAUAUCCAACAUUGGCAACGGCUACAACAAAAACACAGGGGUCUUCACAGCUCCAGUCAGAGGGGUCUACCACUUUGCUGUAUCUCUCUCAGGUUCAGGUUCUAGAGCUGCAGCAGUCCACCUUUAUAAAAAUGGAGCGCACGUUGUCAUCGCUUAUACUGCCACACAAAACAGCUUCACCAGCUCCUCUAACGGAGCUUCUCUGCUGCUGGAGGUGGGAGAUGUUGUCUAUGUGAACCUGAGGGCUCACGCGUGGGUGUAUGAUGAUAUGGAACGCUACACCACCUUCUCUGGCCACCUGCUCUUCACCAUGUGACAAGUCAGUCCUCUGGCUUUAAGGAAAUAUUGUAUCACUCGUAUUGCAAUGUUGUGUUUUGUGAUACUGUAUUGAUUCCCAAAACCAUCUGUCAGUGUUGUUUGCAGAUAAGGAAAUGUGAA